CGAGGUGCAGGGGUCAUUGGACUUGGACCUUGUUGAUUGAUUGAUUGAGAGCCGAGGAGGACAGGAAGCUCUUCUGCACAGCGCGCCACGUGGCGACGGACGCCAUGAAGUGACAAGUCAGCGAAACUGCCCGCGUCGAGGCUCCGCCUUGAUUGAUUGAUUGACAGCCGAGGAAGACAGGAAGCUCUGGAGGGUUAGGGGUAGGGAAACUCGGGUCGUCACGACGAGGGAGAGGUGCUGGGCUCCAUCUCCAUCUCCAUGGCCGCCGUCUCUCAGUUAUUAGCGAGUGGUGCUCCUAGAUGCGAGCCAACGGCGGCUCAUCUGGGAGAAGUCCAGCGGAAGUGCGGAGGAGGAUUACGGGCUGGGUGUGGCGCGCGGGUUGGCGGCGGCGGCGGCGGUGGCGCCGGCAGUUGCACCUCGACAGUGACACCCUCCUAUUACCGAUCUGAGUUCUGCCCACCUGCCGCCAUGAAAUGCGCUCUUUCCCUCGUCCACCCCUCGUCCUCAGCGUUGACGACGCGCCAUGAAAUUCUCGUGGCUUCGUCUUCUUCCUCUCCGUCGCCUUCUUCCUCCCCUUCUUCUCCUUCUCCUUGUUCUUCUCCGUCUUCCUCCUCUUCCUCCUCCUCUUCCUCCCCCUGCUCGACAUGUCGGAGCGCUUCUUGCCGUGUCUGCCAAGCAAUCGGUCGUCGUCGUUCCUCCGCAGUCAGACGUGAUGCUCUCUGCUGUCUCCCCACAGGAGGACAAUCGUUACGUCGCCACGUUGGCAAUCAAGCGGGCCUGACCUCGUCCUCUGAUUCGCUGCUGUGUACCCAUCAUCGCGGCAUCGUCGGCAGUAGGAGGAUUACCAAGUGGAGGGGGAGAAAGAUGGAGGGAGGAAGCCGUGAUCGCUGUUGUUCGUCGAAUCUUUUUUUCCCAUCUCCGACCAGAACCUUGACAAGGAUAUCGGCGGCUGCAGCGGCGGCGGCUGCGGCGGCAGUGUCUGCCGGGAGCAUGCCGCGGACACGUGUCGAAUGCAGUCAGUGGUUAACCGUGCGGUGCUAUCGUCUCUCCUGCUCAUGCUCCUCCUCGUCAGUGGACCCGUCUGAGUUCUUAGGCGUCUCGCUCCUAGCGUCCUCCUAUCAACGGCGUCGUCUUCUGCUAAGCUUUCUGUCGACGCGGGCAGGACGAAGUCCCUCGGAACCACCGACGAUAGUCGCCUCGUCGUCUUCGUCAGGUUCACCCCUUCCUCCUCCUCCUCCAACGUCUUCCUCUUCUUCUCCCUCUCCUCCCUCUCCUCCCUCUCCAUCGCCCUCAUCUCCCGCGUCGUCGUCAUUGGCCUCCCCCUCCCCCUCGAGCUCGUCGCCCUCCCCCGCGCCAUCGCCGUUGGCGGGCAUGCUGGACGACCGCCGGCUCGGCGAUCCCGUGACAGGUCCCCCGCCUUCGUUGUGGUCCCAGAUUCUGAAGCCGCUGAACAACUUUGGCUUCGGGAAGCGGAGUAUUUGGGAGGGAGGGGUCGGUCUGUUCGUGAUGGCUGGGGUGUUCAUGUUCGGGCUGUCGCUGUCUUGGAUCUAUGGCGUGCAUGUGAGGACCAGGAACCGCAAGUACACGGCGGUGUUGGAGUUUGCGCAGGCGUGCGGAAUCACGGUCGGGACGCCAGUGCGAAUCAGAGGGGUGAAUGUCGGGACGGUGAUGAGCGUGCGGCCCAGUCUGGACCGCAUAGAUGCCGUGGUCGAGAUCAUGGACCAGGCGGUGGUCAUACCGCGCAACUCGCUCGUCGAGGUCAAUCAGUCGGGACUCAUCAGCGAGACGCUCAUCGACAUCACGCCGAAGCCGCCGAUCCCGACCGUGUCCGCGGGGCCGUUGGACAGCGCUUGCGCUUCCGAGGGGUUGAUUGUCUGCGACAGGGGGAGGAUGAAGGGCGAGCAAGGCGUGAGUCUGGACGAGCUUGUCGGGAUCUGUACCAAGAUCGCUAGGCAGGUGGAUCAGCACGGAGUCGGGAAAAUGUUCGACACGGCGGAGCGAGUCAGCAUGGCCAUCGAGGAUGCUAAGCCGCUACUUGGGAAGGUAGAGUCGUUGGCGACUGACAUUGCUCCGCUUCUCAAGGACCUGAAGGAAGGAGAGCUGUUGCACAGCCUAGAGGAGCUGACCUGCGUAGCCGCAGAUGCUGCGAAAGAUCUUCGGAAACUGAACAGCGCAAUUCUGACGGACGAUAAUAUCAAGCUGCUGAAAGAAUCGGUUUCAACAUUGACGAGGACGCUGAAGCAUAUAGAGAGCAUAAGCGGGGAUGUGAGUAGCUUAACCGGCGACCCAGCCACUCGCUACAACAUCAAGCAGAUCGUCCAAUCAUUGAGUCGACUUGUGACAGACUGAGGUGGUGACUUGGGCCUGCCUUGUCAAAUCUCCACCAGCCUGGUCAAAGUUCGCAUGCUGGUAAUGCCCCCCCCCCUUCCCCCCCCCCCCCCCCCCCCCCUCCGCCCUCUGGCUCCCCCACCCCAAAGAAAAAGCGCCCGUGCACAAAUCAUACUUGAUCCCACUCUUUUGCUUGCGAGCUGGCUUAUCUUAUUGUUUACCUCCAAUGCGUUCUCCCAUCCUCUCUGCUCGAUUAUUUGCCCCUCCCUCUCUCGAGCACGGUGCCGCUCUCGUUAUGGAAAGGAGUUGUCCGUGCCCACUCUAUGUGGUCCGCCUGUGAAACAGCAUCACAGGUGAGGUAUUUGCUCAACUUUGCUGGCUCUGAUUGAAUCCAGUGAUGUGUCCCAGAGGAUAACACUGUUUUCAUCGUCGUUCCAGCAUGGAUUAGUGGGAUUUCUGUGAGCCAAGCAACGGUUCAUGGGCUGCUGGCUGUGGGGACCGCUGGGGUGGUGUCCGUUCUCCGAUUUUUAUUUUUAUUUCCCCCCAGUGGAAGGAUUCUUUUGUGAAAGAUACGUGCACAUGGAGUGUCAAGAAGAUAGCUCCUUAUCCAACACGAUGGGUAUUUACCCCUGUGCGAUGUUCUUUUGUCGA